UUUAUCAAGUGCGGACGUUAAAAAAAUUUUUGAAAAUUUCUGACGAAACUAACCAGAUUAAUAGGUUGAAAGGAAAGAAUCAGAAAGCGGCAAAUUGUUACUAGCCGUAUGAUCUUCGAGUGAGAAGAGUUGUCUGGUCGUGCGAAUUUGCAAGGAGAAAUUUGAUAGACGUGCUCCCAGCUGAUUUCUUCCCACGGCGCUUCCCGAACUGACUCAUGACACAUUUGCGAAUCGAUCUCAUGGCCAAACUCCAGUCGAUGAUGCGGCGGAGGUUCCUCGCCCGGGCAAACGUCCUCGCGUUCCUGUUCGCGGCAGUCUUUGUCUUCCUGUGCGUGCGCUACUAUCUGCCAGAACGGGAAUGUCAACCGGACCAACAGACUCGGGGGAGUAAACUCAAGUAUCGGCUGAUUGCCCUGAUCCUGAGCAGCCCAGACAACCUGGAGCGCCGUAACACCAUCAGGAAGACUUGGCUGGCCGAACACGACGCCACAGUGAAGCACUUCUUCGUCGUCGGCACUCAGGACAUCCUACCCGAGCAGAGGAAUACUCUGCAAUCAGAGAAACAGAAGUUCGAUGAUCUGCUACUGUUGCCCAGGCUGCAGGACUCUUACGGCACGCUGACAAAGAAGGUUCUCCACACUCUGAAAGCCGUCCACGAGCAUUACGACUUUGACUAUCUGCUGAAAUGCGACGACGACUCGUAUGUGCUGGUAUAUAAGAUCCUGAAGGAGCUCGACAAGUGGCAGAGCAAGGGCACCAAGCGAGAACUCUAUUGGGGCUUCUUCAACGGACGGGCACAAGUGAAGAGGAGCGGUCCCUGGAAGGAAACCGAUUGGAUCCUGUGUGAUUAUUAUCUUCCUUACGCCGUAGGUGGCGGAUACGUUCUGUCUUACAAUCUCGUCGAGUUCAUCGCUAAGAACGCAGACAUCUUUAAACUCCACAAUUCCGAAGAUGUCUCCAUCGGCCUCUGGCUUGCACCGCUGGCGAACAUCGAGAGGAAGCACGAUGUACGCUUCGAUACGGAAUACAGGUCGCGCGGUUGUUCCAAUCAGUACAUAAUUACGCACAAACUUACGGUCCAGAAUAUGCUGAGUAUGCACGACUAUUACCAGGCCUCCUUAGGCGCACUGUGUCCUAAAGAAUUUAGGAAUCGCAUGAGUUAUCAGUACAAUUGGACCGUACCACCUAGUCAGUGCUGCAACAGACAAUCCGGUAUCCCUUAAUGCGGCAGGGAGAUUUCUGCCACUUCUAGUUCUAGUCGCGUUUUUUAAUACUUGCUCAGAAAACAUGUUUAUCUCAUACAUUUGUAACGGCUUCUAUUUGUAAGCUUUCUAUUUAUGUUCUGACUUAUUAGGAUACAUUGAUAUCAAAUGCUAUAAAAAUGUAGCCGUUUCUAAGAAUAAGCAAUUCAAACAGUAUUAUUGAAGAAAGUUGCGAAAGUUUAUAGCGAAUUCGUGACAUUUCAUCGAAAGAAUUAAAGCAACUUCAAAUCUGAAUUUUAUUCAUUACUCGAGCAUAAUUGUACGACAGCGCUAUUAAAUAAUUAAUUGAAAACGUUUGUAAAUAUAUAUUUUGUAAAUAUUUAGCGAUGAAA